GCUGCUGCUGCUGCGUUCACACAUCUCUCACGUUGGAAUCGUUUCUCUCGUCAGUGCUUUGCUUCAGUCUGGCUGCGCUCCUCAGCCGGUGAAUAUUGUUGCGGUAUAUUGUCGGUAAUAAACAUGUGCUCACCGAAGGUAUUCGCGCGCGAUGUUUUUCUGUGCUUAGCCAUCUUCAAUAUUUUGCCACCGCUUUUGAGUGCUGCGCAAAAUCACUGGAAUAAUGGAAUAAGACACAAUCAUGCCAAGUAUGGAUAUCAGGCGCAGGAUUACUGGAGCACUAAACCUGACCGGAUAUAUGGGACUGUUCCCAGUGUGCCCACAACAGGAGUCAGGCAGGUCUACCACACUCAUCAGAGGGGAUCUGUUCGUAUCCCUUACGGCGGAUCAGCUAGAGUUCACAAUAGGGGUCGCAAAAAGAUGUACAGAGGAUCUGUAACGACAACGAUCCUUGAUGGACAAAGGCAUUUACAAAACUACCAUCCUCAUUCGCACAAGUACAAAUACAGAGAUCAAGAUUGGGAACUGAGUAGAGACGAACCAGUGAGGUCGAAUGAUGCCUGCGCCAAGUGUCCCCCCGACAGAGCAGUCAUUGCUAAGCGAGGCUCCACCACUACUCUCAUGGAAAAGCUUCCCAUCAUACCCUGCUUCCCCUGGUCAAAUAUUGCCGAUGUGAGGCAUGAGAUAGUGAUGGGACCACAACCAGGUCAACCUAUUGGUGAGGGAAGUCAUGCUCUAGUUACACGCCUUUAUAAUUUCGAGAGGCCUGUAGCAACCUGUCAUGCCAGAUACAACGUGAUAGUGAGGAAAUGUGAGCCCCUGGAGUUGCAAGGUGGAGUGACAGCCAACUGCCCGCUGGGUGAGGCGUGGGGAGGAGUGUGUCAUUUCUCCUGUCCUGACGGCUAUGACCUGAUUGGUGCGAACUCCACCGAAUGCGACAGCCAAUUGGAGUGGAGCAACGAUGUUCCACAAUGUACAGUGACAACAUCAUGCACUCUACCGGUGACACCGGAGAACGGGCACAUCACAUGUCGCACCCCGCACCACAAGCCGAUUCGCUCGAGCCACAUUCUGCCCGAUGCCACCCUGUGCCACUACUGGUGUGCACUUGGCUUCAAGAUCCCCGCAUCGCAGCACCACCUCACCACCGUAAGCUGCAUGGCCGGACAAUGGAACAGCACGCAAGACCCCACUUGUGUUGAAACGAAUUCACUGCAAGAGUCUUCUAGCAAGGAGUUAUCAACUGAGAAACGUCACAGGCUUUCUUCUCCCAGGUUGGGCAGGAAACAUUGUCCCAGGUCGAAAUGUCAGAACGGUGGAAGGUGCUACGUUAUUCUCGGAGAGCAGAUCUGCAUGUGUAGACAAGGAUUUACGGGACCGACAUGCUCCGAACAGAUGACUGACAAUGCAGUCAAAUGAUUAAAAACAUUUCCAAUUCAGCAGAUUAAUGUCUAAACCUUGGUUGAAGAACAAAAUAUGAACUGUGUUGUUUUAAUACGAAUUUAAGGUGUAAAUACUGUAUAGAAACUGAUAGAUGAAUAAUACAUUUAUGUUUUUACCACAAAAUAAACUAAAAUAAAUAAGUUGUUUUAAUCGUGA